UCAGCCUCUCUUUAUUACAACGACCCAAACGAAAACCGUAAAUUGACGCAACUGUAAACGUGGCUCUGCAAGAAAAUGCCGAGGAAGGGAAAGACCUGUCUGUGCUGUCCUCCAAACUGCACUUCUUCUUCUUCCUCCACUGACCGCCAUCGCCCAGACUUCGCUGCAGCUGCAAUUGAUCGGGCGAUAGCUAUGGCGGACUCCAUCGUCAUGAAAUGGAGCAUCGAAAGCAGUGCCUACGCGCGCCUCACCUCGCUUCUCUAUCAGAAUCGGAGAGAGGCGAAGGAGUUUAUCAAAACGGUGGAGAAUCUGCAGAAGGCUAUGCAUUUCAUAAUCGGUAACAAUUCGUGCUCUGAUCAAUUAGCUCGCGCUCAUAAUUUGAUGCGAAUUGCUAUGGAAAGGCUUCAGAAGGAGUUUUACCAGAUUCUGUCGAUGAACAGAGCUCAUCUGGAUCCUGAAUCCGUCUCUACUCGGUCGUCGCAGAUGUCUACUGGAUCCAGCACGGUGGAUUGCGAUGACGACGAAGAGGACGCGGGGAGAGGCGAGAUUUCUGAAGUUGAAGAUGCUUCGUCUCUUGCCAUGGCGGAUUUGAGAUUGAUUGCGGAGUGUAUGAUUUCGUCCGGCUACACCAGAGAAUGUUCGAGAAUAUACAGCACCAUUCGUAAAUCGAUUGUUGAUGAAAGCUUGUAUAGGCUCGGAGUUGAGAAGCUUACCUCUUCGGAGAUUCAUAAAAUGGAUUGGAAGCUUCUAGAACUGAGAAUCAACAACUGGAUAACCGCCAUAAGAACCGCAGUGAAAACUCUCUUCAAUGGCGAGAGAAUCCUCUGCGAUCACGUCUUCGCGAUCUCAGAUUCCAUCAGAGAGCGUUGCUUCGCGGAGAUCUCGAAAGCAGGAGCUAUAAUUCUCUUCGAAUUUCCAGAAACCGUCGCGAGAAACACCAAAAAAUCACCGGAAAAACUCUUCCGAGCGCUCGACAUGUACGCCGCAAUCUCCAACUACCUACCGGAGAUCGAAUCCAUCUUCUCCUUCAACUCAACUCUAACCGUCAAAUCUCAGGUACACAAAUCCUUCGCCAGGCUCGCCGAGGUUAUACUCACGGCACUACACGAUUUCGAGUCGACAAUCCUCAAGGAAUCCUCCAAAUCCCCAAUCUCCGGCGCCGGAAUCCACCAUCUAACAAUCAACACUAUGAACAGCCUCUCAAUGCUCGCUGAUUACUCAAACAUUCUAUCAAACAUCCUCGCCGCAGCGCCGCCGCCGCAACUACCGAAGCAAUCACUACCGGAAUCCUUCACCGCCUUCUUAGACGGCAACACUUCUCCCCCGGCGGCGCUCUCGCUCAAAAUGGCGUGGCUCGUAUUAGUCCUCCUCUGCAAACUCGACACAAAAUCCAAACUCUACAAAGACGUAUCGCUAUCAUACCUGUUUCUCGCCAACAAUCUUCAAUACGUCGUCGUAAAGGCGCGAGCCUCAAAUCUGAACCGUCUCCUGGGGGAUCAAUGGCUGACCGAGCUCGAAUAUAAGGUCAAGCAAUUUGCGUCAAACUACGAACGGCUAGGAUGGAGCCACGUCAUCGAGUCGGUGCCGUCUGAUCCAACGGCAGUGGAUAGCCCAGAGAAAGUUCUGGAGAUUUUGAUAAAAUUUAACGGCUUAUUCAGCCAGGCGUACAGAAAGCACUCUGUCUGCGUCGUACCAGAUAAAAACCUACGAGAUGAUAUAAAGCUUUCUCUCGCGAGAAAGACGGUUCCAUUGUACCGUGAGUUUUGGAACGCACAUCGGCGGAUGAUCGGACGGCGGAGAAUUUCUUUACCGAUGGUCAGAUAUACCCCUGACGAUGUGAGCAAUAUGUUGUCGGAGUUGUAUUUCGACUCGGGGGGCUCUUUGUCAUUUCAUAUUCCUUCAUCUCCUGCAGUCCCCUCAAGUUUUCGUUAAGCUAACUUUUUUUUUUCUCAUGUAACUUGGAAAAAAUCAUAUAUAAAA